AUGAACAAGGCAAUAGAGAUAGCGAGAAACCUAUACAAGCAAUCUAAUACGGAGGCGAAACUGCACCAACUAGACGAGGCCAAAAUGGUCGGUGCGGGUGUCGAUAGCAAGGACACCCGCAGACUCGUGAUGGUUGCUCUGCGCAAAGCAGGAUACGCGAAACCGCGGCGUAAGAGUAUCAAUGGCAACGCAGAAGCAGGACCUUCUAUCCCUACUCCAGUUGAAGUAUUGACUACUCCGGUGAAGAAACGCAAACGCAAACGUUCAGCAGGACCCGAGAAUACACUUCUACCGAACGGUCCUCCUGACGACGCUGCACUAGUUCGGGCUCUCGAUUUCGGACCGGUAUUGGACGAGCAGGUUUUAAUGGGCAAGUCGGUCGUUGUGAAUAGAGCACCUGUGAUGUCCGCUUGGGCGACAGUAGUAGCAGAACGCAUGGGCUUCAAGCGGGAGGAAGCGUUGAGCAUUGCUUCCGUAUACACCGAAAUGAACGCAAUCUCGAAAGGCGUCGCCCUUGGCAUAUUUGCCAAGAGCCGAACUAACGAUGCAAAUCCAUCACGGAAUGGCUCCCAACCUUAUGUAGAUUUCAUUGGGCGAAGGUCAUUAUACGAGACCCAAAAUAGUCAAUGGCGUGCUAUUCUCAACGGCUCGCCCGCAAGCCCAGGAACAGCCUUCGGCUACAUCUCCCGUUCAUUCAAGCAUCUGACGCCCUUCGUCCUCGGUUCACUGCAACUCCUGGCGGAGAGCUAUAGUCAGAAGGAGAUUAACGAGAAGGCAUGGGGUUUGUACGCUGAAUUUCGCCCUACUGUCGAUGGGUGGGGGCAGCGGUCUGUGAUGAAAUGUGCCGAUAUCUUGGCCCUUCGGAAGCUGGCAGACACAACCGUUGGUAGAGAUCCAGACGCACCGGCAGACGUCUCGUUGGAUGCUGUCAAAUACUCUCUGACCUCCCCAACGGAGAUGAAUGAUGUCGAACCGACAGACGGGGAAGAGGCCAAGGAACCUGACAAGAAAAGGGUCCGGGAAAUGACAUUGGAGGAAUACGAGGACAUGCUGAACCGAGACACGACUUUCGAUAACAUUAACCUCGACAUUAACGUUUAA